GGCGGACAACUCUCAGUUCAUUUCCGGUGUCUGCUUGAAAAUGGUGAACUCGAGCAUCAUUCCAACUUUUCUUGUCAGUUGGGUUCAACUUAUUGUGCCGCAGCCAUGCUUCGACAAAUUCUUCAUCGACUUUGACUUUCUGGACGGACCGUGUUUGAAGAUUGCCAUAAGUAAAUGUCUGGGGUUUGCCAUCAUCGCUGGAUCCUGUAUCGUGAAGGUUCCCCAGGUGGUGAAGAUUCUGGGCGCCCGAAGUGGGGAGGGCAUCAACCUUUACUCCAUCACAUGUGAGAUCAUCGCCAUAUCCUCAACAUGGGCUUACGGAUAUGCUCUCAAAUUUCCAUUCAGUGCUUAUGGGGAGGCAGUGUUCCUGGCGUUCCAGACAGCUCUUAUUGCGAUGCUGGUGCUGUUCUACAACGGCAACACGCCAGUGGCCAUCAUCUACGUCACCGUGUACGCUUUCAGCAUGAUCUACCUCCUAUCCCCGAUGGCACCGAUGCCGUUACUGUCGAUGUUGCAAGCUGCCAACUCCCUUAUUAUUGCCAUAAGCAAGAUUAUCCAGGCAGCUGCGAACUAUCGGAACAGCAGCACGGGGCAGUUGUCAGCCGUGACAGUCACCAUGCUGUUCCUGGGUGCGCUGGCUCGAAUCUUUACCUCCAUUCAAGAGACGGGGGAUUUCCUCGUCAUCUGUUCAUAUGUAGUUUCCAGUCUAUUUAACGGGAUCAUCUUAUUUCAGAUACUGUAUUAUUGGAAAGUUAAACCCAAACAGAAGAAGCAGUAGAGUACGUCUACAACAUCAAAGGGUAUAUAUUUUGACUGAACAAAUAGUUUAUUCCAAGUUUAGGAAAGUAGUAUGUUUUGCAUGAAUAAUUUGGAUCAUGUCGUCAAAAGCAGAAGAGAUAUAUGAAAAAUAUACAAAUUGUCAGCGUUGUUGAUUUGAGGUAAAUUUCCAUUAGAGUUGAAAUAAGAUCCUAACUGUAUGCAAAUUUAAGACGUUUCAGACAUAUGUUUAGUGUUGGGUUCCUCUGUUCUCCAUUGUUCUUUUAGAUUUCAUGUUUUUCCACAAAACGUCACAAAAUAACUGCAAAGAAUAUGUUUAGUUAAAUCUGAGGUUAUAUGUUUUCAUGGAACUAUUUAUGUUGUCCUGUUAGAAGUUUAAAUAAGUCUUCAUUUGAGAAGUAUUUUCAAAGACAGCCAGAGCUAUAAGUGGAAAACGUGAUGAUUGUAUAAACAUUUAUGUCAUUAAUGGGGCCGGUGGGUUAGCCAUGAGGUUAAAGUGUCCACUUGUCCCGCCGAAGACCCGGGUUUGAUUCCCCACAUGGGUACAAUGUGUGAAGCCCAUUUCUGGUGCCCCCCGCCGUGAUAUUGCUGGAAUGUUGCUAAACGAGGCGUAAAACUAAAACUCAUUCACUGUGUCAUUAGUGUAACUGGGUUUGAGUAGAGAUAUUUGACAUGAUGGUAGUUAGGGCUCUCCGACUCAACUUUCCUGUAGAGCUGGCUGUGCUGGUGUAGGCUUGUGUCAUUGUGUCAUGAUGUAAGCUGAUGUCAGUAAGUGAUACAUUGCAAAACAACGCCAACAUGAACCAGAUAUUUUAAAAGUACUUAUGGUAUGGUUUUAAAUACUAUGUUCUAUUGACUUAACAUUUUUAACUUCAAAUGUUGAUAUUUUCUUUGAAGUUUCAACAUUUUCAAGGCUUGAGCAAACAUGAAGGAAAUUCCAGUUCUUGGUGACACUUUUGUUUUUGCAACUUUGAAUUACAGAGUAUCCAGCAAUCAUGAACAUUACCAAAGAUCUCCAAUUGUGAAGGACCAUCUUUUUUCAUGAAAUAUAUCGUCAUUGUUCGUAAUCAGUAACAAGAACAUUGUCUCAUAAAUAUGAUAGUAUUGAGGCGUUAUUGUAUGCUCAUCCAAAGCUAAUGAUGACCUUUAAAAUGGAACUGAUUUUAAGAGGGAAUAUGGCUGUCAGCAGGAUUUAUGCUGGAACGGUGGCCUGGGAAGCCAUCUCCUUAUCAAGGGGAAUAACUCUGUGUUACUUAGAAGUGUUGAAUAUAAGGGGGUAUGCCCGUGUAUGCUCUUGGGGCAGUGGGGUAGCCUAGUGGUUAAAGCGUUCCCUCUUCAUGCCAAAGACCUGGCUGUGAUUCCCCACAUAGGUACAAUGUGUGAAGUCCAUUUCAGAUAUCCCUUGCUGUGAUAUUGCUGGAAUAUUACUAAAAGUGGCGUAAAAUUAAACUCACUCACUCCCCCAUAUAUGCUCUUAAAAUCAGUUUCAUGUUCUACAUCGAAUAUCCUCUGCUCAGAAAGGGUACAUUCUGUUGGAUACAUUUAUUAAGUUAGACGAUUCCCACUUCAGAGUAUUUUGUAAGCAGUGUGUUUGUGUGUGUACUACUCAGAACGGACAAAGUGACCAGCGAACCCUAUCUUGUAUUGUAUCAGUAUUCUGAUGUGAUUAUUCAGUUUGUCAGCUGUGGCUAUAUAAUACUCUGAUGUACAUUGUCAAUAAAUAAUGAUUAAUUA